UGUUCGCUUUUUUCUUGGCAUGCUUAUCGUUACACAGAGAGCGAGCGAGCGAGAGAGAGAGAGAGAGAGAGAGAGAGAGAGAGAGAGAGAGAGAGAGAGAUCUAAUGGUGAAAAUGGUAGCUUCUUUUUCUUGAGUUUUUCCGCUACUCGAGUGGUUGUAUCUGUCACUUCUGGUUCAAAAACCUUGGGAUCCUUCACUGCUGUCCUGUACUACAUCUAAGGACAAACAGUGGUUUUGGGAAACUGACUUACAGCAAAUGAAUCCAUGAGCGCUUAUACGAAGGAGAGGUGCAACCAAAAUCCAGUACCAUCUAGGCACAGUACAUUGGUAUCUUCCACUCAGUUCUCAUUUCUCCAUCUCUUCCACUUCAUUUAGCUAUAUAUAGCUUCAGUUAAACCCUCGUCAGAAGAAUGAAGACCAGUCAUCUCCCUGAUAAAGAUGAAGACCAACCAUUAGAAACCUGCAUUCUCCCGUGAGUCGAUUGCGGUCGGAACAUUCAGGAUGCUGCAAAUUCCUCGGGCUUUAAUGCUAAGAGAGGUCGUCUUGAGAACAGUAUGGAGGAACUGAUGCAGGGGGCAAACCAUUCAGGCUCCGGACAGGAUCAUUUCAAUUUGGCAAUGGAAGGACUGGUGUGGGAGGGUCCAUCUGCAGCUGCAACCCUGUUAAAUGCCCUGGGCCUGCCUCCUGCCUUCUGGAGCUCUACGAUGGAGAAUUCUCGUGAAUUCCUGACGGCGUCAGAUUCUGUUGCCGGUGAUUAUCGACCACAUGUGGAUGUCACCAAUAAUUCAAUGGAUUCUGGUGGUGUAGAAGAAAGAAUGGUAGAUGGAAAUGCAGACUUAGCCACCAAAUUCGUUUAUAAUGCAGGAUCUAGCUUCAGCAUGAGCAACAGAAAUCAGGAGGAAGAGCUGAGAUUACCACCAAAUGUCGGUUGCUUAAGUAGGGCUUCAAUUCUUCAAGAACAACCUUUUGAUCCUCCCGUUCUGCCCGACCCUCUGAAUUGCUUGAUCUCUUCGACCAACAGCACCUUGAAUGCAUCUGUGGAGGAUGAUGGUAUUUCUCUUCAAAUUGAGAUCAUGGAUCCGGAAAAUUCGGUAAUCACGUCCAACAUGAAGGGUUCUUGGACUGUAAGCUGGAGCGGCGUCGCCGGUGGGGGCGGUGGUGCAAUUUCGUCCGAGUCUACCGAGCAGGACGAGGCAGCUUCUCAAUCGUCAUGCCACCAAACCAAGAAGAGGAAAUCCCCGGAAGGAUCUACUUGCUGUUUCAGCCUCGGAGGCGAAAACUACCUUUCUUUCGACGCACUUGGAUCGAAUUUUCCCGCGGACAGCGGCGGUAGCGGCGGAUUCAAGCUCGUCACUGCGAAUCCAUUAGAACAAAAGAAACCAAAACCAGAGAAGCUUGAGAAAUCAAGAAGCAUCGACUUCAUGAACUCAAAUGCUCUCAUGAUGGGGCCUGAUACAGAAACGAUUGCUGCCAUGAAGGAAAUGAUAUACAGAGCAGCAGCAUUAAGGCCGAUCAGUGCAGCCACGGAAAACAUCGAGAAGCCCAAGAGGAAAAACGUCAGGAUCUCAACAGAUCCACAGACGGUGGCAGCAAGGCAGAGGAGGGAGAGGAUCAGCGACAGAAUUAGGAUUCUGCAGAGGUUGGUUCCCGGAGGCACCAAGAUGGACACUGCAACUAUGCUUGACGAAGCUGCAAACUAUCUUAGAUUUCUCAAGUCCCAAGUAUCUGCGCUUCAAUCCCUUGGGAGUGCCACAACCAGCAUCAAUUAUCAUCAAUGACCCAUCACCAACAACAUUCACCAUCCAAGGACCCAUAAUGCAUCUGUACGAAACAUAAUCGUGGAUGUUCUUCAGCGGAAAGAGGGUCUAUAAUUGCAUUCAUUAUUACUAAGAUUGUGAACAGUUAGAAGUGACUUUUUCCUUUUCUA